GCCAUGUACUUAGGUGUAACUCAUUAGUGUUAGGUUUUAAGCACUUUAGAAUGUUUUGCCCCUUCCAUAUAUUGUUUGUAUGUAACUUAUGAAAGAACUUAACUUGCAUAAUACUAAGUAAAUAUACAGAAUAAAGUCGUUAAAUAAAUUAACAUAUCUAUGGAAGAUUGUCAUUGUUGCUUGAUUUGAAUUUGGCACAUUGAAUUGUGACUUUUUUAGCCUAUUAGUCAAAUACAGAAUGGAGGUAUCAUUUUGCUAAGUAAACCUAUCAUAUCUUAUUUUUAUGAUAUCUAUGUACUGAUUUAAAGGGAGAAUAAUAGAGAUUGCGUGGUUUAAACUUAUUAAAUAUCAUAUCUUGUUAUGGAGAGGAAUUUCUGGUUUUUUAUUAAAAAUAAAGAGAAAAUUUUGAAUUUUAAAGAGUAUCUCGGAAUGCUGUACACUACAACGGUUCAAAACGUUGAAGAUUAACAUACUGAAUUGUCAAAGGACGGACCUCCAUAGUGUCCAUCUCUAGCUAGAGAAGCUUUAAGAACUUUUAAUGGAAGUUCUUGCAAUUAAGAUGAGAAGGAAGAAGACUAUGCCUUAUUUUUUAUUUUAUUGUUUUCAAAAAUAGACUUCAGUAGCCAUAAUUUGGCACCUGCAUGACGUCACUAUUGUGAACUAACCAAAUAAAGUUUGGAACCCAUGUGACAUUUUUAAAAAUAAAGAUUGGUACUCAUUUUGACAUCUCCUAAUAUUAAAUUGGGGUUCACAAUUCAUUUCCCAAUAUAAUAAGUUGGGAUUCAUUUGACAUUUCCGAAUAAUAGUAUCAAGCUGGUAAAGUAAAAGCACUACUUCUUUUUGUUUAUCGAGGGGAAGGCUUAAGAAACUCCUACAAACAAGGGGGAAGGUUGAUCAAUUCAUCCAAUAGGUGGUGAGAAUUGGACUCUUGUCACUGCACCAAUCCAUAAUUCUCAAGAUCAUUACUUUAUUAAUCAUGUACUAAGUAUUUUAUUUAAUCUCAAUGAUAAAUUCAGUCAUCGAUGAUUUUUUCAAGUCAUUUGGGAAUAAGAUUGUAACUCACCAAGGUAAGUAAUAUGGGAUUAGGUUUAAUAAUUCUUGAACUAGAACUACAUAAAGUAGCUAUGAGUUCUUUUAAUCUUUAUUGACCAACAAUAAUUAAUACUCCCUCUUAUUUAGCUUAGGUAUCCCUUUUUUUCCACAAUUCUACCUGUCAUUUCAGCAUCACCUCUAGUAAAUUAUUGUACCCUUUACCGUCCCUCGUCUUAGACCAUAUUUCGUUCCGUGUAACUAUGAUCUGAUCAAUAUCAGGAAACAUCAAUACUUGGCAAUCUUCCAAUUCAUCUAAAUUAGUUCAUCAACUUCUUUUAAUUGUAUUAUUGCACAUGAGUCUAAGCUUGGAAAUUAAAAUCUUUGGUGUUUUUAAAGGUUUAAACACAUAUUGAGGGGAUAGUUUAUUGAUUUUGACUUUUGAGAAAUGAAAUACAUUUUAGCAAGUACCUAAAUAUGAGAUAUACGAUUGUUGCAACUCUUAAGGGUAGUUUCUUAAAAGGAAGGGGGAGAACUAGGAAAAUAAUGGUAAAUAAUUUAAAUUUUUUUUUACAAAAACGAAAAGAUUUGAAAAAAUGAUUCAUAAGAAGAGGAAAGCAAACUAGUACACUAGUUAAACGGUUUAUAAGAAUAGUUGGACUCAUCAACUUGUGUCAUCACCGGUGUAGUGAUUCUAACAUAAGUCUCAUACAUUACGAUUCAUUUACAAAGUCUCAACAAGGCAAAUAGGUGGUUUCAUGGUAUUUUUGUGCUCGAAUUGAAGGCACACCAACUGGAGAGGCUAUUAGUUCUCACACUCAAUCUCCUUACAUCACAGAUUAGGUUUUGUACUUGCAAGUUUAUUUUUGGCAAGGUUCCUCCAAAUGUUUAUCAUAUCUAACUUCUUUUCUUGGACCUACCUUAAUCACACUCUCAUUUCCUCCUUGGCCCAUAACAAUGUGACUCAUUAAUUAUAAUCUAAACUUUGAUUUUCCAUCAGCAUAUAAUCUAUUCCAAACAACUUAUGAUCUAAACCUUUGUGCCAUCUUAAAUGGAUGCUGGGGGAGUGUUACCUAUACUUUCAUUCAUUCCAAAUGCUUUGUUUCUUCGAUUUGGUGGGAGACUGGGAGUACGUUUACCCCUUUAUUUUUUUUGUUGUAUUGUAGCACAAAUUUCUUUUUCUUGUUGUAACUUACGUUAGUUGUACUAAUAUGCCAUUCUAAGCUUGUAUAUGCUGUAAUGUGUUUGGUAACAUCUAUAUCACCUGUUAUGUGGAAAUCCUAUCCGAUUCCAAUUUAGGAGGGAGAAAGAUGUAGUAUGAAUAAUAAUGCAAAUGGGAUGGAAAUGUUUCGACUAAUUCACUUAGAAUUCACAAUUCACCCAAAAUGGCCGAAUAAUAUCCCUAAAGCAAUUGUUUUCUUUAUUUGCGAGGAGAUCAGCGUAUCAUGUGACAUUAGUUUGGACUAAUUUGGGGGACUAUUUGUUCGUUUCCAUUAAUGUUAAAGCCAUCGAUUGUUAGCUAAUAAUGAACUUUAUGUUGAAUGAAUCCAUAUCUUUGCUAGCUUUAGAGUUCGAGGCUUCGAGCUCUUGCAAAUAUUAUAUAUUUGGGAGUUGCUUUACUUGAGAUUUGUAGUGGUUGAUGACAUUUUUUUCUUGAUAUGUCAAUUUUCAUUUAGCCUUGUUCAUAUACAUGUGCGAACUUGACUUACAUUCUAAUACUCAAAUGUUCAUUAAUACUCGUGAUUAAUGAUCCUUUACAAUAAAUAGUUAGGUAGCAUUGAAGAGUUUGACUCAUGAGUCAGACACCUGUCAAGAAUUAGGCAAUGUAUCAACUUUGUUUAUCCCGUUAUUGAGGAUUGUUUGCCUUUAGAAUAGAUGUAGAAAGCUGAUUCUAUUUUUCUGAAUCAUCUCAAACAUCAUGCAGAUGGUUCUGCUGUUUUCACCUUUGUCAUUGCAUCUUCGUGCAAAUCCUGUUCAUCCAUUAAAUAAGCUUCCUUAUGGAAAGCUGGAUUCAAAAUCUGUAGGAAUUAGAGAGGGUGUUGUGUUUUUGACGUAUAGCAGUCUCAUUGCAUCUUCUGAAAAGGGGAAAUCUCGAUUAAGCCAACUUGUCCAAUGGUGUGGUGGAAGAGAUUUUGAUGGUCUUGUCGUAUUUGAUGAGUGUCACAAAGCUAAGAAUUUGGUUCCUGAAGCUGGAGGGCAGCCUACACGUACGGGUGAAGCAGUUCUAGAACUUCAGGACAAGCUUCCUGAAGCUCGUGUAGUUUAUUGCUCAGCUACUGGUGCAUCUGAGCCACGCAAUAUGGGUUACAUGGUUCGGCUUGGUUUAUGGGGUGAUGGAACAUCUUUUAUGAAUUUCAAGGAUUUUCUGGGUGCACUAGAGAAAGGUGGGGUUGGAGCUCUAGAACUCGUUGCCAUGGACAUGAAAGCAAGGGGCAUGUUUGUUUGUCGAACACUUAGCUACAAGGGGGCUGAGUUUGACGUGGUUGAGGCACCGUUAGAUCCUAUGAUGACGGAAAUAUAUAAGAAGGCAGCUGAGUUUUGGGCUGAAUUGCGUGUGGAGUUACUAACAGCAAGUGCUUUUCAUACGGAAGAGAAACCUAAUUCUAGUCAGCUGUGGCGAUUGUAUUGGGCUAACCAUCAGAGAUUCUUUAGACACAUGUGCAUGUCAGCUAAAGUCCCUACUGUUGUAGAACUUGCUAAGCAAGCACUGCAGCAGAACAAAUGUGUGGUUGUUGGCCUCCAAAGCACCGGAGAGGCACGCACUGAGGAGGCUGUGACGAAAUAUGGUUCUGAACUUGAUGAUUUUGUUUCUGGACCUCGUGAGCUUUUACUCAAAUUUGUUGAGGAAAAUUAUCCCUUGCCUGAAAAGCCUGAACCCAUUCCAGGUGAUGAAGUUGUACAGGAUCUUCCUCGGAAGAGGCAUUCAGAAAAUCCUGAUGUUUCCUUCAAGGGGCGAGUGAGAAAAGUUGCUAAAUGGAAGGCUGAGAGUGAUGAAGAAAGUUUUGAUGAAUCCGAAUCUGAUAUGGAUAAUGAAUCUGCUGAAUCUGAUGACGAGUUUCAGAUCUGUGAUGUUUGUAAUGGCGAAGAGGAUAGAAAGAAAUUGCUCAAAUGUGCCUGUUGUGGCCAAUUAGUCCAUCCUUCUUGUUUAGACCCACCCUCAACAGAUGUUUUGGAGGAUUGGACAUGUUAUUCAUGCCAGCAAAAGACAGAUGAAUAUCUACAGGCUAGACGUGUCUACAUAGAAGAACUCACAAAGAGGUAUGAAGGAGCUUUUGAGCGGAAAAUGAAAAUUUUGGAUAUUAUUAAAUCUCUAGAUCUCCCAAACAAUCCAUUAGAUGACAUUAUUGAUCAGCUUGGUGGUCCUGAUAAUGUUGCAGAAAUAACUGGUAGGCGGGGUAUGCUCGUUCGAACAUCAUGUGGUAAAGGCGUCACAUAUCAGGCACGGAAUACGAAAGAAGUGACAAUGGAGAUGGUUAAUAUGCACGAGAAGCAGCUUUUUAUGGAUGGUAAAAAGCUGGUUGCUAUAAUAUCAGAAGCUGGUUCAGCUGGCGUGUCACUUCAAGCUGAUAGAAGGGCUCUAAAUCAGAGAAGGAGAGUUCACUUAACUUUGGAGCUGCCAUGGAGUGCUGACAGAGCAAUUCAGCAGUUUGGAAGGACACAUCGUUCCAAUCAAACCUCAGCUCCUGAAUACAGACUCCUUUUCACCAAUCUUGGUGGUGAACGACGGUUUGCGUCUAUUGUGGCAAAGAGACUAGAAUCUCUUGGAGCACUGACACAAGGGGACCGAAGGGCAGGACCUUCUUUAAGUGCAUAUAAUUAUGACAGUGCCUAUGGGAAAAAGGCGUUGAUGGUGAUGUAUCGAGGAAUCUUGGAGCAGGAUUCCCUCCCUGUUGUGCCGCCUGGGUGUUCAACUGAAAAUCCAGAGUCAAUCAAAGAUUUUAUAUCUAAGGCAAAAGCUGCUCUGGUGUCUGUUGGCAUUGUUAGGGAUUCAGGUAGUGGAAAGGAAUCUGGAAAGUUUUCUGGACGCAUAAUUGACUCAGAUAUGCAUGAUGUUGGUCGUUUUCUCAACCGGUUGUUGGGGUUGCCUCCUGAUAUCCAGAAUAGGCUUUUUGAGUUAUUUAUCAGCAUUCUUGAUGUAAUUAUCCAAAAUGCUCGAACUGAAGGGAAUCUUGACUCGGGGAUUGUUGACAUCAAAGCUAAUAUUAUUGAAUUGCAAGGAAAACCAAAGACAGUGCAUGUCGAUCAAAUGUCUGGUGCACCAACUGUCCUAUUCACAUUUACUCUUGAUCGUGGGGUCACAUGGGAGUUUGCUUCUAACUUGCUCAAUGAGAAGCAAAAGGGAAGUCUUGGCUCAGUAAAUGAUGGUUUCUAUGAAUCUAAGCGCGAAUGGCUUGGAAGACGCCACUUCCUUCUAGCUUUUGAAGGUUCUGCCUCUAGCUUGUUUAAGAUAGUCCGUCCAGCUAACGGGGAAGCAAUAAGGGAAAUGCCUUUGAGUGAACUUAAAGCCAAGUAUAGAAAGAUUUCAUCUCUGGAGAAGGCUCAUAGUGGAUGGGAAGACGAAUAUGAAGUUUCAUCUAAACAGUGUAUGCAUGGCCCUAAUUGUAAGGUUGGCAGUUAUUGUACUGUGGGGAAAAGACUGCAGGAAGUAAACGUGUUGGGUGGCCUGAUCCUUCCCAUUUGGAAUGCAAUUGAAAAAGUUCUAUCCAAACAGGCACGUCAGAGUCAUCGGAGAAUUCGUGUUGUCCGUGUAGAGACAGAUAGCCAACGAAUUGUGGGGCUCUUGAUUCCAAAUGCUGCUGUUGAAGUGGGGAGAACUUCUAAGAUAUGGUGUAGUCAUUUACUUCCUCCAUCUUUCAAGAAUUGCGACUUAUUCCUAUACUUGGGAGAUUCCUUAAUAGCUGCAAUGUCUUUAAUUGGAAUGUUUAUAGGUGCAAUAAUACACCCUUGUCUUUGGUAUUUAUAAUGUUUGGAUUGAAGUGGGGACCAUCUUUUCACUAUUCUACAUGGUCAGGGAGCUUGUAAUUGCAUUUUCAAUAGAGGUGGGGUUCAAUACUUGAUAUAUAUUAAAAUCAGGAAAAAAGGUUAAGGUAGGCCCAAAGACUUCAGCCCGAACUUAAUCCUCGAUCCUAAUUUCAGCCCAAACUUAAUCCUCGAUCUUAAUUAUAAUAGUCGUGUACCUUAACUUUUUCACUUCCAUUGCUCAUUUUCUUUCUCCUUUAUCUCUCCUAUUCCAACCUAUAUCUCCUCUUUCACGCUCACUGGGAUUUUUAUGGUUUCUUUUUUUAAAUUUUACAUUUCACAAACCUAUAUUUCUUGGGAAGUUAACAAUGGGAUGAUAUAGCAAGAUGUGUUAGGUAAAGAUGAACCUUGAAUGUAGAUAAAGAAAGAAGGCCGAAGCUAGAAAUGUGCAGAUUAAAAAAAGACAAAGUAGUAUUGGUUAGGUGAUCCUAAACUAAGUACCCUGUUCUAACAUGUUUGUUAUCAUUUAAUUUGAGUUUCAAUCUUUUUUUGACAAUAGUAAAACCUUGCUCAAAAGCCAAAACCAAAUACUGAAAACUGAUAAACAAGAAACUACUACUUUGGGCGUCUUGGUUUUUGUCACCCUUGAAAAAAAAUGAAAACCUAAAAUGACAAUGUUUUGAUCUUUUGAGUUUUAUUCAUAACAGAGUACUAGGUUAUUGUAUCACUUUCGAAUACACUGCAGAUAAAGCUAAAUCAGUGUUUUUUUUGUUAAAAAAAUAUGGUUCUGUGCAGUUUGGUCUAUAGGGGAAAACCAAAUCGCGACCGAAACUUCACAGUUUCACCCCUAACAACACAUUUCAUAUUUAGGUAAAACAGUUCAGAAAAUUAUUGAUCUGUAUAUUUAGGUAAUAUAAGAAGUGUUAAUUUUAAAGCAAAUGACAAAAAGGAGUUGGAAACCUGAGAGGCACUUCAUUCCUUCCAGAAUGAGGUGAGGUGCUAGGACUGAAGAAAGACAGGAAGAAGUAGCACUUCUAAGGAAACAAGUUCUUCCAGCCCUAGGUUUAGCUGCUGGAGGGAGAAAUUACUGUGAAUUAACAGCUCCACUUUUGACUUUAACCAGAGACACCCAUUUGUUUGUUGGUAGACUACCUAUUUUUAUUGAGGUGGAAAAACCUGGAUUUUUUUCUGGGAUUUUUUUUUUUUUCAAAAAAAAGGUGAUUUGGGAAGUGAGGUGGAAAAUUUUAGCUGUGCUUGUUACUUGGAAAGUAAGAUUUGACUGAGGUGUAUAUCUGGAAGGAAGGAAUAUCUAGCAGUUCAUUCUAAGAAUGCUUAUUUGGUCGUUGGUUGAGUUAUGGGUUUGGGGUUGACUCUUUCUUAGGUAUUUAUCAUGAGCUUAGAAUGCCAAUUCAGGUUCAUUUUAUAGGGGAGUAAGGUCUGGUACAUGUUAGAUCAAUUUGACCGGAAUUGGACUGCCCUGGCUCUGAUUUCUCUCUUCCUGCCUCUCUCAUCAUCAAAUUUCUCUCUUAUCUCCGGUUUUCUUUGAUUUACUCAUGUUUUAUAAGGGGCAGGGGCGAAAACCGAAAAAUAAACAAGUGAUGUCGAUAAUAGAAAAAAUAAAUCAAUUGCAUUAAAAAGUUACAUUAAACAACUAUUGAUUAAGGUGAUUGUCCACGCCGAGUUUUCAUAUUUUGAAAACAUCACAUAAUAUCACUAUUUGACAAAUUUUGAAACAAAUCGCAUUCAAAAUAAGUUACAUUCAUUAAUUUUUUAAAAUACCCAUCUAUUUGAACUGUAAAUACAAUCGUUAAUUACGAAUUCACUAUUGAACUAUCAAACUAAAUUACUAAAAUACUAAAUAACUAAUUAAUCACAAUUAGACAACCCUUAAAGUUUAAACUAUCUAACUAAUUAAUCACAAUUGUCAAUUGCUAUUUUCUAAAUAGGAAAUUAGGUAAACAAAUAAAAAACCCUAAUUUUUUAAAAGCCCUAAUUUUAUUACCUAAAAACUACUAAGAAAACUAAAAACCCUAAUUUAUCUAAAUAGAUAAACAUAUAAAUUGUAAAAGUUAUAAUUUUUUAACAAAUAGAUAAACUUAUAAACAAAUAGAUUAAAGAUAAACAAAUAGAAUUAAGAAUUAAAACUGGAAACAUAAAAGCCCUAAUUUAUUUACCUAGUAAGUAGUAACUGAGCGUGAGAAAGUGAAGGGCUUGCCGCCGGUGCCCGGUGAUGAUUUGUUGCGUGAGUCCUGAUUGCCGCCGCCGGCUGAUUGUUGUUCAGUGUUCGCCUCUGUUUGCGUUUGCCAAUUCGUGAAAUAGGGAGGGAAAAGGUUUUUUUUUUUUGAAAAUGGGAAAUGGGUGGGGAAAUGAAUUGGGAAGGCUGUCAUUUUCUCAGAAACAGGGAUUUGAACUUGUGCAGGCUGGAAUGGGUUAGGCGGUUAGCGGGUGUUAUCAAAUCAGAAAUAGCAAAAAAACAAUGUCCUAUAGUUGAACUUGUAACCUCUUGGUUAAAAGUCCAUUUUUUACCAACUUAACCAACAGUACUUAUAAUACUAAUUUUUUUUUCUCAAAAUUUAAGUGAUGUCAGUUGACAUCGUUGACCCACUAUUAGAUCCGCCCCUGAUUAGGGGGGAGGGAGCACUGAGCUGUGAGAUGUUAGCAAUUGUUAUUUCCUCUACAUUUUCAUUUACUUGCUAGGUCUUAUGCUAUCCAGAAGUGUUUUGAUUUGAUCUAUGAGGUGUGAAUUUGGUAAUAUAUCAGUAGGCUUUUCUUCUUUGGGCCACCAAAUGAAGUCUCCAGCAGAACAAUGGAACCACAAUUUGAUUACGUCAAUCGUAUUGUGGCUGAUAGUGCGGGGAGUGGGUGUUGUGUCCGUCAAGGCUCAGUACUUGUAGCUGUGACAAACUCAAACUAAUUGUGAAUUUGUAUUUAAAAUCUUCCUGAUUC